UUGUGGUCUGUCUCUGGUGGUGAACGGUCUUCCUGUGUCUCUCCUUCCGUCGAAUUUGGGAUGCUUCGAGCGCCGAGCGAUUAUGUGUGGAUUAAUCUGAUUCUGUGAAUUGCCCGUGAAAGCGAUCGUUCGUUAGGUUAUACAGUGAAAGAAAUUGAGAGAAGUGUUUCAGUGCCUUUUUUAUAUGCUUCGGAAGAUGGCGAAUGACAGAAAAGCCUCACGGACCCCUAUGCUGAUUGCAUCAGUGCUCCUCAUCCUGCUGGCGUCGCACCUCCCCAGCAGCGGCGUCCUGGGCUACUCCAGGGGCGCCCCGGACACCGCCUGCGGGGACCUGAUGCCGGGGCACGGGCUGGUGACGCAAGGCACGCCUUCCCCAUACACCAUCGCGCCCGGCGCGGCCACGGUCCAGGGCGGCAAGAGGAUGCUGGUCACCCUGAACACUCCUGACGAGGAGGAGGGCUUCAUGGGGUUCCUGGUGCAGGCCCGCAACCCGGACGACGAGACCCAAGUCGUGGGCACCUUCUUCACCACUGACCACAGCUACCUCACCUGCGGGAAGGGCUUCAACAACGCAGUGACUCACAGCUCGUCCACUGCCAAGCCCAAGGUGAUCCUGGAGUGGGAGGCGCCCUCUGACUACACCGGAGACGUCGUCUUCAAGGGUACCUUUGUCAAGACCUACGACACGUAUUGGGUCGGUGUCACCUCCGAGAAGGUGACCAUCACCAAGGCCCCAGGAUCCCAAGGAGGACCUGCUGCGUUACCACCUGCCCCAGCUCCUGGUCCAGCUCCAGUUCCAUCCCCAGUUCCAGUUCCAGUUCCAGCACCAGUUCCAGUGCCAGCAGCGACAAACAACGCCACCACUACCACGACAACCGAGUUCUCAGCUUCUGUAAGCCCAGACGUAGUAGAGACAGUCUCUCCGGAGAACCCCGGUGACUUUGUCAUCAAUAUUGUUGAUGCUCCUGGUGUGGAUGGAUCAGAUAUACCUGUAGUAGAGAAUGACAAUGGUGUGGCCACAAAUGGGGGCGAGGGUAGUGUCCUGACUCCCACUCUCGUUUUCUCUCCAUCUUCCCCCGCGUCCCCAUCUCUCUCCACCUCCCCUGCUUCCCCCUCCUCCCCUCUCUCCUCCUCCUCCUCCUCCACCUCCUUCUCCUCCAACAACAACUCCUCCUCCUCCUUCUCCUCACCCACCACCGCAGAUAGUUUUAGUAGCAUCACUGAUAACCCCACUAGUAGUAGUGUUACUGAGAGUAGUCCCGCAGAAGACGAACCUGAAGUUCCCGAACCCGAGAGAAAUGUACCAGGCAGUGGAACAAACACGAGGAGGAGGUUCGGCCUAGCGGGAAGAUUCAAGACGACGCCGGCUACCACCGCUGAGACUACUACCACGACAGCCUCUCCAAAGGCCACUUCACCCAGAGUACCCAUUGAAAAUCUGCCUCCCGGGGUUGCAAGUUUGCAGAACACAAUGCAGAACAUCUACCUCGGCUGCAAGUCCAAUAAGGGCUGCUAUGGCUACCCAUCAGGAUGUGAAGACUCAGAGAAUUGUCAGAUGCUAACGACCUAUGCCAAAGUUUCUUCAGGGUAUAGAUUUGAAAUUAUGGGAGAUGCAGGAAGCAAUGGAUAUGUUGCAGUCGGCCUCUCCGAUGACCAAAAAAUGGGAGAUGACAGUGUCAUGGCUUGUGCAUCAGUUAAUGGAGCAGUUGAUGUCCUCAUGGGAUUCAAUGCUGGGAAAUCCAAUGAAAUACUGAGUAAUACAAAGUAUGGACUUUCUGACAUCAAAACUGCUGGUGUUGAUGGCCGUAUCUACUGCUCCUUCAUACGACAGGCCAUGACUCAAGUCAAAAAUAUAAACUUCGACCUGGAUGCCGAACGUUUCCACAUCAUGUUGGCAAAGGGACCAGCAAGUUCAAACAAACUUAGCUAUCACCAGGCAAGGGAAGUAUCAGCCAGUACCUCUUCUAUGGCGGAAUUUGCAGCCCUAGAAAGCGGUGGCAGCAGUGAUCUCUUUUUGAAGCUUCACGCCUGCUUCAUGAUUGGGGCUUGGGUGUGUGCUGCCUCAUGUGGCAUUCUUUUAGCACGGUACUACAAGCAGACUUGGCUCGACAAUAAAUGUUGCGGCAUUGACCAGUGGUUCCAUUUCCAUCGAUUUUUCAUGGUUUUGACGUGGGGACUGACAAUCGCAGGAUUUGUUCUCAUUGUUAUCUAUGAAGGAGGAUGGACAGAAGAUCCUGUUUCAGAGAACCCUCAUCCUAUAAUUGGAAUAGUUUCUAUAGGCUUAUGUUUCAUCCAACCGUUCAUGGCCCUGUGUCGCUGUAGCCCCACUCACAAGCGGCGUCCAAUCUUCAACUGGCUGCAUUGGUUUGUGGGGAACAGCGCCCAAAUUUUGGGCCUGACAGCCAUCUUCUUUGGAUUUGACCUCAUUCACGCACCCAAGUGGACAUGGUUUAUUCUGAUCAUCUUCAUAGCUUUCCAUUGCAUCGUUCACCUCAUUCUUUCCAUUGGUCAGUGCAUCAGUGACUCCAGAGGAGAUAAAUCAAACAAUGUGUUCCCCUUGAAAGAGAUGAAUGGCAGUCGGAGUCCUCUUCACCCUGUUGACAAGAGAGAAGAUGCUCCAGGAGGAACUUUCCGCAAGACUAUGCUUGCCAUAUAUUUGAUAGUCGUCUGGCUGAUCACGGCACUCUUGAUGCUCAUCGUCGUUGCUGGGGAACAGCAGUUGAGAGACUGGAAGCUUCUGUUUUGGGAGAAGUGAAGAGCUGACCUCAUAUUUUCUAUGCAUAUACAUAGCUAAAAGGCUUUCCAUAUUUAUACAAAGGUAUAUAUGAUAAAACUUUUUAAUAGGCAGUGAUUACCGAGGAUUUUGUGAUAGUAAAUAAAUAGUAAUUAAAUAAAAGUAAAAUAUAUUUCUCUUUACCAAUCAGUUUCAACUUUUAACUGGCCAGUCAGUAUAAUUCUUGAGCCAAGCCAAAAGACUUUCACAUUUGAAUUUUUAUAUUGCAUUGGAUUAUGUAAUGAUUGCCUCUUAAUCAGUAAUACUUACAUAAACACCAAAGUUCAUUAUCAUUAACUUUUCAAGGAACUUCAUUUGAAGGAUUGCCACAGAAAAUUGCAGACCAUUGUCUCGAGAGCUUUUGUGAUAAAUGGUGCACGUUGAAAACUAUGUACUGUAAUUACCGGUACUCAGUAUGUAAGCACAGGAAUAACUAUAGAUUGAGAUCCUUGAUGGAUUCCUAUAAAUAUCUUAUGAAAUUUAUUAUAAAUGAAUUCAUUCGCUGUUUCUAACAUAUUGGGCAGUAUUUUUAGUUGUAAUCUUUAUUCGUACACUUUAACCUCACAGAAUGUACACUUCCAUUGUAGGUUUUUUUUUUAUAGAUGGAAGGCAGAUAGCCAUUGUAGGUUUUUUUUUAUAGAUGGAAGGCAGAUAGCUUGCUGGUAUGAGUUAGUUAGCUUGAACAUUUGUUCUGUGUGGCUGUGAAGUGAUUAUACGAGGUUAUCAUGAUGUGGCGUACAGAAAUAGUUAAGUAAAGUAUUUUUAUACAUUUUGUGUCCUGAUCAUAAUUCAUGUAUUGCAGAAAUGUGUGUUAAUUGUAAGGAACUAAUUUUUAUAGUGAAAUGCAAUGCAGAUUUAAGCAUUCCAAAAGUACAAUUUACUUUUUUAAAUUCUUUACAUUUUUAAUGUGUGUAAGCUGUUCACUUGGAACUUAAAUUACAGGAUUUAUAGUUUUGAAGCUGCUAGGUGCAGUUGUUAAGAAUUUUAUAAAGUUUAUGCAAGUUUUAAUCAGUGUGCACACUCACAUAUGCUGUACAUAAAGUAACUUGAAAUAUGAAGUGUUUAUAAAAAUAUAAACUAUGCGCCCUGAAAACCCCCCCUUUUUUUCUGUGAAUGUCUGGGGGGGAGGUUUUAAAUAUUUUUAUAAACUUAUGCAUUCUUUUUGCUAACUACUAAAGAUUAGACAGGAGGCUGUCAUUGCCAUUUAUUUUACUUGCCAGUUAUAGCAGUAGCAAACUUUCAUUUUUAAGACAAAACAUGAAAGCUUGUUAUUGUUCAAUUCUAACUGCAAGAAAACACAGUAGUUUAGGUGAAACUGACCCCAUAAGUACAAUUUUGCAAAAUUGCUUUUCAGCCAAAAAUAAAUACAUUCCAUCCAAAUAUGUGCUUUAAAACUGCAGGCAUAUUCCUGUUUUCUGUGGGCUGCCCCUAGGGUAGAUUUAUACAAUUUGUAACUUUUAGUCUUGUUCAAAAUUCUACUUUUGACUUCCAAGGUGCACCAAGGUAGGAGUUAAUAUUUUUAUUUAUGAAUAUAAGUUACGUACUACAUAAAAGUUUGUACACUUUUUAAAAAAUAACUAUUUUUGUGACAAUAACUGUGAUUUCUAGAACUGUAAUCUAGAACACUAUCUUCAGUGUGAUUUGUGUAGUGUUUGAACAUCAAAAUACAUAUUGUACUAUUUUGUUUCUUAUUCUUCUUGAACAGAAAUGAUACCCAAUAUUUUUUUUUUUGUUCACUUGAGAUUUGAAGUUUUUUUCAUUUAAUAUGGCUUGCUUUGAAGUGUUCUCCACCAUUUCAUUCUAAAAAAAAAAAUGGUGACCCAGAAGUUUAAGGCACAUCACUUUUCAGAGAUAAACUAGUACUACACUGUUUUGGUGUCCUUUCUCACUGUCAGUUAUUAUUUAAAUAGUUUCACCCGAUCACAAUUCCCACCACCAGAGGGGAUGCAAAUUUUGUAAAUGGUUGUAUGGAUUUUGUUGCAAAGUUUUCAUAAUUCUGUCAUCUUGAGUGAACAAUUGUAGCUAAGACUUUUUUAAUGAUAUACUGGUAAAAUAAAUUGUCAUAUGAUUAAAACAUGAAAUACUCUUAAGAAAUUUUGGAUAGUUUUUCAUUUGACAUUAAAAAUACCUAUCAAUAACACAGAUGUCUUGUGCUUAGUGUAAUUUUAUUGAAUAUUUUAAAAAUUGUAGAAAGCAGUAAAUGUGAAAUUUGUGUUAUUGAUAGCCAAAUAAAAGUAUCCCAUAUAUAA